AUGUCGUCGUUUCUUGACCUGCCCGCGGAAUUGCGCAACCAAGUAUACGGUUACAUUGCUAUACCCCACACAGCACCUCUCUCCUCCUACAUCGGGCUCUACCUAUCCUGUCACCAGAUUCGAUCUGAAAUGGACGGCGAGUGCUCCAAAAUAUUCCGAAACUACCUCGAGAUCUUCCAGGAUCAGCUCCAAGACGCCCGCAUCGACAUACCUGAGACUUUCGCGGAAAUGCAGCACGUCCGCCUGCACUGCAAACCGACUGCAGACUUCAGCAUCAUUCAAUGGUUCGAUGAAGUCACGGAUAUCUGCCUACUCCAUCUCGCAAGCCUUUCCAUUAUCUAUGGCUUUCCGGAAGACUCGUCUCUCUCGCAUAAUGUGGACCAUUAUCUGCUUUGGCUUGCCGAUGUAAUGCCGGACCAGCUCAAGACAAGGGUGGUCAACUCUCAGCGGGUUGAAAUGGUGUCCUUCUGGGCCUCAGAAGAAGAAGCGAAGGAUUUCGUCGAUGAAUAUCCACACCAUGAGUUCGUCACCGCAAAUUGGACCUUCCUAUGGGAUUUGGAACUUGACGGUACUCUGCAUAGCGUGUGGAAGAAGCCGGAUGGCAAGGGACGUAGCGAAGUGCUAGCGAAUGAUACCAUGGCUUAG